AUGGUAAAAGAUAAUAGAAUUUCAGUUCUGGCAAUCAUCGAGCCUUUAAUCAAGCCGAGACCUGAUAUUUUCAGCAAGGUCUUUGGUUUAAGAUUCAAGGGAUCGAAUUGUAAUGGCCAGAUAUGGGUCUUUGUUGCUGAGGGCUUUGAGGUGGAUAAUUGGGAUGACACGGAGCAGAUUUUUCAUGGCAGAUUUCUUACUCCUGCUCUUCCUGCUCCUAUAUACAUCUCAGUGGCAUAUGGGAAAUAUUCUAAAGAGGGAAGAGAGGGAAUGUGGACUAAACUUCGGGAACUUGCGGCGGAGUUAGAUGGCCUUCCUUGGUUGGUGGGUGGUGACUUCAAUAUCUUUGUAUCUGAGGAGGAAAGGCAGGGAAGUGUGAGGUUGCAGAGAAGGAAAGUAAGAGAAAUGGUAGAUUUUGCAGAGGCAAUUAGUGAUUGUCAGCUUCUUGAUUUGGGGGCGGAUGGCCCUAAAUUUACAUGGGCAAGGGGGGACACUUUUGAAAGGCUUAAAAAAGCCGAACAAGAGGCUAAGGAAGCACUUGAAAGAUAUGAGCAGAACCCGACUCCUGAGUUCCGAUCUGAAAUAAACAAAUCUGCUGCAGAAUACAUUUUAAGAUUAAAGAUGGAAGAUGACUAUUGGCGGCAGAAGGUGACAUUGAAAUGGGUUGCAGAGGGAGACAGGAAUUCAAAAUUUUUUCAAGGUUCUCUGGGAGAACCAGAUUUGGGGAUUCUCUCCACUCUCCCCUCUCAUGUUAAUAUGGAAUUGUUGGAGAAGGCUCCUUCGACAGAAGAGAUAAGGAAGGUUGUUUUCAGCAUCAAUGCAGAGAGUGCAGCAGGUCCAGAUGGGUAUUCGGGCCUUUUCUUCCAAGCGUGUUGGGAGAUCAUAGGAGCUGAUGUGGUGGCGGCAGUAUUGGACUUUUUUGCGGGCUCUCAAAUUCCAAGAGGUAUUGCAGCUACCUUAAUUGUUUUGAUUCCAAAGAAGGAAAAUCCCUCAAAAUGGGCUGAGUUUAGGCCAAUUAGCUUGUGUAACGUUAUGAAUAAGAUUAUAUCUAAGCUAUUGGCCUCAAGGUUGGCGCCUCUUUUACCCCUGAUCAUAGCUCCUAAUCAAAGUGGCUUUAUUAAAGGGCGGCUGCUUAGUGAUAAUGUGUUACUGGCUAAAGAAUUGUUCCAUGAAAUUUGGAAAGGUGUGACUUCUCCUAAUAUGGUUCUAAAGCUGGACAUGGAGAAAGCUUAUGACCGAGUCCAGUGGCCGUUCUUGCUCAAAAUUUUAAAGAAAAUGGGCUUCUCUGACAGAUGGGUAAAAUUCAUUGAAAAUUGCAUUUCUCCAUGUUGGUUCUCGAUCCUUAUUAAUGGGAGUGGGGCUGGUUUCUUUAAAUCAUCACGAGGACUUAGACAAGAGGAUCCAAUAUCUCCCUCUCUUUUUGCCUUGGCUGCUGACUAUUUGUCGAGGUUGCUUGAUCGCCUCAUUCUGGGACGUAAGGAGAUGAUGUACUGCACGGCAAGAUAUACUAUGGGGAUAUCUCACUUGGCUUAUGCAGAUGAUAUUAUUAUCUUCUCGCAGGCUCAAAGAUCGGCUAUUUUAGAAGUGAAAGAUUGUUUAAAUCACUACAUGCAAGUCUCGGGACAGAAGGUCAAUGUGGAGAAGAGCUGCUUCUAUCUUGAUAAGAAGCAUCUCGAUUGGGCAGAAGAAGUGAAAGAGGUGAGUGGCUUUCAACAAGGAUGUUUCCCUUUUCUAUACCUUGGUGUUCCGAUCUUUAAGGGACCAAAGAAGACAAGUUUGUUCAUGUUUAUUAGAGAAAGAAUAUCUGCGAGAAUUCACAGCUGGGGCCACAGACACUUAUCGUUUGGGGGGAGGCUGACUUUAAUAAGGAGCGUUCUUGGAGCCCUCCCAAUUCAUAUUUUCCAGGUGUUGGAUCCUACAAAGGGGGCCUUGAAGCUGAUAGAGCAAGUAAUGGGCAGAUUCUUGUGGGGGUCGUGUUAUUCCUCAAACAAGACUCAUUGGAUUAAGUGGCAGAGAGUGUGCCUUCCCACUUCUGAGGGGGUCUUGGGUAUCCGUAGCUUAGCAGAUUCAGUGGAGGCCUUUAGCAUCAAGAUGUGGUGGCGGUUGAGAGAGCUAGAUUCCCUUUGGGCUCAAUGUAUGUAUCAGAAAUAUUGCUCAUAUUCGUUUCCUUUGGUGUUGUACAUAUCAAAUAGGUUCAGCCCUACAUGGAGAAGGCUUUUCAAGGUGGGAGAUAUUUGUCGGGAACAGGUCCGCUGGGUGUUAGGGAAUGGCAACAUCAGUGUUUGGUAUGAUUCAUGGGUUCUAAACUCGCCCCUUGCAAGCCUAUGCAGUUUUACGCCUUCUUGUCCUUCUCUGAAAGUUAGUGAGCUAUGGUGGGAGGACCAGUGGGAUGAAAUGAGGGUGAGGUUGUUGGUGGAGGAAGAGGGUUUUUCGGAGGAGAUUGCUGAGAAAAUUCUUCAAAUCCCCUUUGAUAGGGGAGCUAGAGACCGGGGCCGUUGGAAGCGAUCUAGUAAUGGGGAUUUCUCAACAGCCUCGGCUUGGGAUUUGGUAAGGAAAAGAGCGGGGAAGAGACUGAUUUAUGAAAUGAUUUGGGGCAGAAGCAUUGGAUUAUCUAUUUCGAUGUUUCUAUGGCGACUCAUAGCCAACCGUGUUCCGGUGGAUACAAAGAUGCAAUGGAGGGGAAUUUCUCUAGCCUCAAAAUGUAGAUGUUGUGCUAAGCCUCAGGUGGAAUCUCGAUUACAUUUGUUUGUGAAUGGGGAGGCAGCUAGAAGAGUGUGGCAUCACUUUUCAAGGUGGUUUCCCCAGGUACCGCCUUUUGUGGAGGUAGGAGAUAACAUAGAAUUAAGGUUUAGAUGGUGGCAACGCCAUCUGGGACAUCGAUCUGGGCAACACCUUUGUACCAUUAUACCGUGUUUGGUUUUUUGGUUCAUUUGGUUGGAAAGAAAUGAAAACGUGCAUAGGGAAAAGCUUUUCGAAGUUGCGAAUGUGGUUAAGAAGAUUAAUGCCCAGCUAAGGAAUCUGGUUUUGGCUAAGAUACUAGGCCCUGUUCAUUGGAAGAAUUGUAGCCCGCAACUGGAUGUGAUGGGUGGUGAAGCUUGUGGGGUGCGUAGGAGGGCAGUUGGGAGGGUUCAGUGUAGACCACCGGAUGAGGGGUGGCUCAAACUCAACGUGGAUGGAGCCUUCUCUCAGUCGCUUCAAAGGGCUGGUGGAAGGGGUGUUUUGAGAAAUUUUAAGGGUGAUAUCAUUGCUGCUUUUUCUGCAGGUACUGAGGGGAACUCAGGGGUGGAGGCGGAGGCUGCGGCCUUACUCCUUGGAGUGUUGCUGGUCAAGCAGCACGGUAGCAGGAUCUGGAUCGAAUCUGAUGCGAAUUUGAUGGUGAGAUGGUUGGCUUCUGGAUAG